AUGGCUCUGGACUUCGUGCCCUAUGCUAUGGCCACUUUCAUGAUGAAGUGGGCGUCACAGCUGACAAAUGGAUUCGGGUCGUGUACUUUUAUUCUUGCGCGCAAGCCACGAAAUGAUGACGUCAAAGCGAAAGCCGUGCCCGCGACGAUCACUGCUAUUCAAUCUCGUCCAAAUAAAACGCCGCAGAGGCCAGAGAGAGAAAGAGAGAUGGAGAUGGAAAGGGAGGGUAGAAGGAGGAAAAUAGUAGGGAGAAGCUCAGAUCGAAUGGCACUAAUCACCGGCCGUAUUGAAACCCUAAAUUCUUCGUCAUUGUCAUCUUCAAUCUGUCAUCAUUCACACACUUCAUCAUCCCCUGCUUCGUUUUCUCAAGAUCCUCCUCCUCAUGAUCAGCCACAACCACCCAAUUUCCACGAUUCCAAGGGUGAAGUUGACGACUCUGUUACACCACUUAAACAUGAGACUGCUGAGGGAUUUUCAAGAGGAAAUGCAUUUGAAUUCGGGAGCAGAGGAAAACAAAUUGACACAAAUACUGAAGCAAUACGAGCUCCUGCUGUGGAAUUCAGGGAAAGAGUAGAACUGUCAUCUGUUGCUGCUAGAGUCCCAAACGCAUCAGAUUAUACAGAACUAUUAUCAAAAGCAUGUGGAAGAUAUCUCAACUUCUUCACUCUAAAGGACAUAAAUUCCUGCAUCGUGGCUUCAGAAAAUACAAGAGUUUUCUGUUCUAUUAUAAUAGCAGUCUUGGUAGUUCUAUCACAUACCAACCUUCCUCGGAACAUAGUGAAGUCGAAGAGCAUCAUAGCCUCAAAGCCCCUUUAUGUUCUCUUGCUAACUGACCUUACUAUUGUGCUUGCACAACUAACUCUUGAGAAGCGGAGAGACUCUGAAAAGGACAAGGAAGAAAAAGAAACAGUCUCACAAAAAGAUGGACAUAAUUGGAGAGGAGCAAUUAAGAUUUUGGAAGUGGGAUUAGUGUUGCACCAGACAAUGAGGGCGAUAUUAAUAGAUUGCAGUUUCUAUGUGGUAAUAGUCAUCUGUGGCCUUUCCCUCGUGUAGCCAAGUUGCUUUGGUUGUGGAGAUGAUCAGACACAGCUCCUUAGCUCACUCCAAGCGCUUUAGCAAAUUAUGCUUUUUCUGUUUGAUUCUAUUCAUUCUUUUAUUUCGACCAAAUUGAUUUGCAUGAUAUUACUCCCGUUGUGUUUAAU